AUUAGUAGCAUUUAAGUUUAAAGUACACUGAACGACUGGCCUUAAAGGUCACACCUGACGUCAACAUUUAACUCAACUGUACAUCCGACAACAUAAUUCUGUUCUGUUUUUUCGUGCAUUUGUGAACAGUUUAAUAUGUGAACAUGUCAUCUGAUUUAAGUUAAGAUUGAUCAUUUGAAAUUUCUAUAACCCAUCAUAUAAGUUCACAGUAGAGGUAAAUGUUAUGGUAUAAGAAUAGUAAUGAGACCUGCGGUGUUUUGACAAGCAGUGACAGGAAGCAGAACUGGAGGUGGUAGAAACAAGGAUGCUGGGAUUUUUAAUAUUUAAGUCCAGGAUGGAUGGAUGAAAGUCUGGGGAACAGCCACGUUUGAGAUUAUGUUAUAGAAACAAGACAACUUUGAGACCAUGCAGCCAUCUUCCUGUGACACCUUCGUGGCCCUGCCCCCCUCCACUGAGGGACACCGUGUCAUCUUUGGGAAAAACGCUGACCGGCCAUGUGAUGAAGUCCAGGAGGUUGUUUAUUUUCCUGCUAAAGACUACAGUGCAGGGGAGAAAGUGGAAUGCACAUACAUAGAGGUUGACCAGGUUCCCCACACAUACGCUGUUGUGUUGAGUAAACCAGCCUGGAUGUGGGGAGCAGAGAUGGGUGCAAAUGAACAUCAAGUGUGCAUCGGUAAUGAGGCCGUAUGGGGCAGAGAGAGUGCAGAUGAUGACGAGGCUCUUCUGGGCAUGGACUUACUCAGACUGGGACUGGAGAGAGCUGACAAAGCUGAGAAAGCAGUGAAUGUCAUAGCAGAGCUGCUGGAGAAAUAUGGUCAGGGUGGAGCUUGUAUGGAGGACCAGUGUGGCUUCACCUACCACAACAGCUUCCUUAUCACAGACAGGAAGGAGGCCUGGCUGCUGGAAACAUCAGGGAAGUACUGGGCUGCUGAAAGAGUCAAAGGGGGAUAUCGAAACAUCUCAAACCAGUAUAGCAUUACUACAAAGAUAGACAAGGAACAUCCAGGGAUGAGGGAGUACGCUCGGAGCAAAGGCUGGUGGAAUGGAAAAUCCCAGUUCAACUUUGCCACAGUCUACUCCUUCACCACUACAGCCAGGAUAGAAGCUGCUGGGAGUCGAUACUACGACGGCAAAAAGCUGCUGGAAAGGAGCAGCGGUCACAUCACUGCUGAGACCAUGAUGGAUAUUUUGAGGGAUAAAGACAGUGGCAUCAACAUGGAGGGGAUGUUCCUGAGUGCAGGAAGUAUGGUGUCUGUGAUUCCCACCAACCCUGACCUGCCAGGAGUUCACUAUUUCACAGCUACUCCAGACCCAGAAAGGUCAGUUUUUAAGCCCUUCAUCUUUGUAAAACAUGCUCAUCAGCUGAAGCUGACGACUUCUCCGUGUUACGGUCCAAAUGAUCCGGUCAAGAAGAAACCUCGUUUCCAGAGUAAACCUGACCGCAGACAUGAAUUAUUUAUCAAGCAUGAGGUUGUGGCAGCUGCCAUCGACUCAUACAAGGACAAAGGAAAGAAGAUCACAGACGGUAUGAGGCAGCUGGAAAAGAAGUCACUGACAGAGAUGGAAGAGAUUCUUUCGAAUGGCAUCGAUCAACCAGAUUUUUUGGUGGAUUUGUUUCCCAGCUGUGUCCAGAAGGAGGUGGAUUUUUACAGCAAAAACUUUAAAUGACCUUUGUCUGAAGAAAUUGAAAAACGACAACUAGAGCCUUAUGUUUGGCUCAAAGAAAACGAAGACCACAAUUUUAAGGUUUAUUGUACAUUUAAUUCUAAACCAAAAUCAUAAAUAUGUAGCUUCUGACAGAACAUUUCUGCAAAUGCUUUAUUAAAUAAAAGUAAAAUCUAUUUAAUUUAUCAUUUAAAAACUCAAAUCUCAGCAUUUGUAAAAAAGUAAUUAUCAGAUAUGUUGGAAAUUAGCAGAGAAAUAAUGCUAAGACUAAAUAUUUGUUUUAUUUCCCUGUAGAUUUAUGACACAGUAAAGCAGGAUCAUAGAAUUUCAGACACUUUCAGUCUGUUUACUUUAUCACUUGAAUUACUUGCGAUAGAUAGUAUUACAAUACUGGAUUUCUGACAAAUUGUCUUCAGCACAGAGCCUCUUUAAUGUAUUAAAAGCCUGCGUGCUGAUAAGGUGCAAAAUCAUGAGCGCACCAAAAUAUUUAAUUCCAACUUUCUUUAUCUGCACAACUCACACAGUUCAGAUAACCAGUGCAAUCAUAAUUUCACAUCACCAACUUUCCAUGUAAAAUAAUGAUAGUUCGCAUUCACACUCAGUGUCACUCAACGGUACCACCAACCUUUAAAAAUAGAACUAAAAUAUAUUAAAAUAAACCACUUUCCUUUGGCAAA